AUGGAGACUCUUCUUCUUAUUUGGAUAAAAGAGAAGGAAAUUGCUGGUGAUACGAUAACACAAGCUGCUAUAUGCCAUAAAGCCACUGCGAUCUUUGAAGACCUCGCAAAAGCCCAGAGAGACGAAGGAGGCGAAGGGACAUCAACACAAGAGGCCCCAACGUUCAAAGCAUCUCAUGGCUGGUAUGAACGAUUCAAGAAGAGAUCGGGUAUACAUAACGUGGUCAGGCAUGGGGAAGCUGCCAGCGCCGAUAAAAAAGCAGCGCAAGAAUUUAUCGAGGCCUUCAAAAAGUUAAUCCUCGAUGAAGGCUACAUCCCCCAACAAGUCUUCAACUGUGAUGAAACGGGGCUUUUCUGGAAGAAAAUGCCCCGUCGUACAUACAUCACAGAAGAAGAAAAGAAACUUCCUGGACACAAACCCAUGAAGGAUAGACUUACUCUUGCCCUAUGUGCGAAUGCCAGUGGGGAUUUAAAAAUAAAACCCCUACUGGUAUACCACUCAGAAAAUCCUCGUGCCUUCAAGGCACAUAAUGUGUCGAAGGAUAAGCUCGCCAUCUUUUGGAGGUCCAACGCCAAAGCCUGGGUCACGAGGCUUUUAUUUGUUGAGUGGGUUAAUUGCUGCUUCGGACCUGCAGUGAAAAAAUAUUUAGAGGAGAAUGGUCUUCCUCUAAAAUGCCUCCUUGUGCUCGACCAAUGCCCCUGCUCAUCCUCCUGGCCUUGA